ACAAAAUAGUAUUUACUCAAGUGAUCUAUUUAUUGCAUUGGAUGAUACAGUAAGAAGUUUAGCUAGCUAGCGAGAGCUCUUACAACGGAAUCAACGCCGUUUCUCUCCACGCCUCUCCUCUCCUCUCAUUAAAGCGGUUAUAGACAGAGAAACUGAGACAUUUUUGACAGGAGAGAGAAAGUGUUCUAGAGAGAUAUGGAGAUGGAAGAGGAAAUGGAGGUGGAGUUUAUGGUUUUUGAGGCGCGUGAAGUUGAUCUUGAUUACGAGUUUGAUGCUGCAAUGUACUUCGAUUUCACACUCCAGGAGUCAAUCGCGGAGGCGCGUGAAGCUGAGCGGUGGUUUGAUACGGCUUUGAGUUAUCCUCCUUCUCCAUUUGUGGCGAAGUUAGUGAUAGGAGAGGACUGUCUACUGGAAAAUGUUAAUACCUCUCCAAAAUCUAAAGAUGAUGAAAAUAUGGCCUCUCUGCUCAAUGAUGAUAUGGGUCCAAAAGUUUCUGCAAUAGAGGUGGACGAUAGAGAAUGUGAACGAACAUACAGAGGGAUCUUCACCAACAUACAGAGUGGCAACCUGCAAAAAGUUUCAAAUCAACGAGUAGAAUUAGCAACAGGAUUGACCUUUUGCCAUCAGAAAUCUACUGAUAAAUCAAAACCCAAGGUGAAGUCCUCUGUCAAGCCAACAUUUCCCAGAAGUUCAACUUUGAUGAAACCUACAGCUAGUCAGUUGGCUAAGCAAAAUCAGACCCCUCAAGUUGGUGGUUCCAGAUUUCAGUCACAACUGGAUCAAAAGGAGAGAGGCUUAUGCAAUUCAUCUGCAGUUGAUAGUCAUUCUGCCAAGAGGCAGAAACUGGAAGGAGGUCACUUGCGUAAGAUUGGUGAUGGAAAGCAGCAAACAGAUUUCAUCCACAAGACAUCUAAAAAGGAUGGUAGUGUUGAUAAAAUCUCUGCUCAUGCAAAACUAAGGCUCACUGUUCCAAGAGAGCCUGACCUAGAAACAGCACAUAGGGCUCAAAGGACCAGGCCCAAAGAUAGUAUAGAACAGCAACACAUGACAGCACCUGCACGGAGAUUCAAAGCACGCCCAUUGAACCGAAAAAUUCUUGAGGCUCCUUCAUUGCCUCUUCCAAAGAAGAGCACUCCAAAGUUGCCCGAGUUUCAAGAAUUUCACCUAAAGACAUUGGAGAGGGCAAUGCAGCACACCUCUUCAGUUCCAUCUUCCUUAUUUCAGUGCAAUGAUUUGGACAAGGGGCUGGACAAACCUAGUACAAUUUCUGUCUCAGAAAAUGUGAAGACAGAAUCCAGAAGACCAACAACCAUGGAUGCUCCAAAGCAGGAUGGAUGUUGUGCAACGCAUAUAUUCAAAGCUCGCCCUCUGAAUAAGAAGAUAUUCUCAAGUAAAGGAGAAAUGGGUGUUUUUCGGAAUAGCAAGCGGGAAACCACGGUGCCAAUGGAGUUUAAUUUUCAUACGGAGAAGAGGUUUCAACAUAAUCCACCCAUAGAUCUUUUCAGCAAGCUCUCCCUUACAAGUGAACUCCAACCAAAUAACAGGUCACAAUUGCAAUUUCCUCAAUCGAGCAAUAUAUAUAUGAAGGGCUCGAAAGAAAAUAGACUGAAUCCUUUGCAAACAGGGCAGAAGAUGCUGAAAGAAAGGCAACCUAUGUUUGGUGGAAGGCAGCAGAUUCAGUAUGGGACCAAUACAGGCAGCACCAAUGAAGUUGUAAACCAAUUGAGCAGGAGGAACUUGGGCAUCCGGUGAGAUUUGUGAAUUACUCGGACAAGAAUCAUCAACCGUUUUGUUAUACAGAAAAGUCAUGGAAGUCCGUAUCGCUUGAAAUGAAUUGUUUACCGGGGAAGAAACUGAUCUCACACAUUGAUGUAAAGCUAACCUCCGUCCCCUACAAUUUUGUAGGCUUGUCCCCGAUCCAAUAAAAUUAUUACAUGGCCGGUGUUGUACAGGCAUUAAGGCCUUCUUACCUUUAUACCACCACCUUCACUUCUGUAGCAUGAACAACAAAUGAAAUGGUUAAUGGUAAAUACAGAAUACAGAAUUGAUAGUGUUAUUGGAGUUUCA